AUGGGAGACGAAGAAAAGACGCCGAAAAAGGCGAAGACGACGGCGGACGACGACGACGAUGGGAUCAAUAAGCACACCGGGAACGCGCUGUCGCGGCGGUACUACGACAUCCUGGAGAAACGGAAGACCCUGCCGGUGUGGUUGCAGAAGAGGGAGUUCAUCGAAAAGCUGAGUCAAAGCCAGACGAUGAUUUUGGUCGGGGAGACGGGGAGCGGGAAGACGACGCAGGUGCCGCAAUUCGUCGUCGACGCUGGAUAUACCGCGGAUGGGAAGAUGUGCGUGUGCACGCAGCCGAGACGAGUGGCGGCGAUGAGCGUGGCGAAGCGGGUGGCGGAUGAGAUGGACGUGAACAUCGGCGAGGAGGUGGGCUAUUCGAUUCGUUUCGAAGAAACCACGGGGCCGAAGACGAUGUUAAAGUACGCGACGGAUGGCAUGUUGCUUCGUGAGGCGAUGACGGAUCCGUUGUUGUCGCGAUAUUCCGUCGUCGUCAUCGAUGAGGCGCACGAACGGACGUUGGCGACGGAUAUUUUGUUUGGUUUAUUGAAGGAAAUUUUAGUCAAGCGCAAAGACUUGAAGUGCGUGGUGAUGUCUGCGACGCUCGAGGCGGAGAAGUUUCAGGGGUACUUCUUGGACGCACCGUUGAUGAAGGUUCCGGGUCGUAUGCACCCGGUGGAGAUCUUCUACACGCAAGAACCGGAGCGCGAUUACUUAGAAUCAGCGAUUCGUACGGUGACGCAAAUUCACCAAUGCGAGCCGCCGGGGGACAUUUUGUUGUUCUUGACGGGCGAGGAAGAAAUCGAGGACGCGUGCGGGAAGAUUCGUCGUGAGAUUCAAAACUUAGGCGAUGAGGUGGGUGUGGUGAACGUCGUACCGCUCUACGCCACGCUUCCGCCGGCGAUGCAGCAGAAAAUCUUCGACAAGGCGCCAGAGGGAAAACCGGGCAAACCCGCCGGGCGCAAAAUCGUAGUCUCCACAAACAUAGCCGAAACGUCUUUGACGAUCGAUGGGAUCGUGUACGUGAUCGAUCCUGGCUUCUCAAAGCAAAAAGUGUUCAAUCCGAGGAUUCGAGUGGAGUCUCUCCUCGUGUCGCCCAUUUCGAGAGCCUCGGCGCAACAACGCGCCGGUCGCGCCGGUCGUACGCAGCCUGGUAAAUGCUUCCGCUUGUACACCGAACAGUCGUUCAAGAAGGAUUUGCAGGAGCAAACGUACCCGGAGAUUUUGCGAUCGAACCUCGGAAGCGUGGUGUUGCAGCUGAAGAAACUUGGGAUAGAUGAUUUAGUGCACUUCGACUUUAUGGAUCCGCCGGCGCCCGAGACGCUCAUGCGGGCGCUGGAGCUACUGAACUACCUCGGCGCCCUAGACGACGACGGUAACUUGACCACGGUCGGUCAAGUGAUGGCGGAGUACCCGUUGGAUCCACAGUUGGCGAAAAUGCUCGUCACGUCGUGCGAGUUCAAGUGCUCGAACGAGGUGCUCUCCAUCGUCGCCAUGCUCUCCGUGCCCAUGUGUUUCAUUCGCCCGAGGGAUCAAGCCGAGCAAGCGGACGCGGCGAAGGCUCAAUUCGCUCACGUCGACGGCGAUCACUUGACCUUGCUCAACGUUUAUCACGCGUACAAGCAGGCCAAAGAUGAUCCGGAUUGGUGCUGGAACAAUUACAUCAGCCAUCGCGCGAUGAAGAGCGCGGACAACGUGCGCACGCAACUCGUGCGCAUUUGCCAACGCUUCAACCUUCCGCUCGUGAGCACGGAUUUCGCGUCGAGGGAUUACUACCCGAACAUUCGCAAGGCCAUUUUGAGCGGAUACUUCAUGCAAGUCGCCCAUCUCGAGCGCGGUGGACGGUAUUUGACCGUCAAGGACAACCAAGAAGUCAUGCUUCACCCGUCCACGUGCCUCGAUCGCAAGCCCGAGUGGGUCGUCUACAACGAGUUCGUGUUGACGUCAAAGAAUUACAUUCGCACCGUCACGGACGUUCGUGGCGAGUGGCUCAUCGACUUAGCGCCGCACUAUUACGACCUCUCAAACUUCCCGAUGUGUUCCGCCAAGGAGGUUUUGAAGAGGUAUUAUCAUCAGCGCGAACGCGAAUCGAAAAAGUAG